AUGUCCAUCGUCGCCUCGCUCCAGGGCCGCCAGUCCGCCAAGCCCCAGGGCUUUCUCAUCACGCCGUGCGACCCCGAGGCCUCGCCGCGCAAGACCGCACCGCGCCCGCCGGCCAGCCCCGACAAGUCGGCCCCUCUCGUCACCUCCCCCUCCCCCUGCACCGCAUCACGCGCUCCACCGCCCGCCGCCGCCGCCCGCAUGCCGACGCCCGCCGCGACCCCGACCAAGCGCACGCCGGCGCGCAAGGCCGACACGCCCUCGACGACGCCUGUCCGCUCGACGCGCAGCUCGGGCAAGCCCGACCACUACAAGCCCCUCGAGGGCGCACCGACCGACACGCCCUCGAGGAGGAAGCCCGCGGGCUCGCCGUCCAAGCGGCAGCGCGUCGUCGACACCGACACCGACAGCGACGACGAGUUGAUGAUCAAGCCGCGCACCCCGGUCAAACGCACGCCCACCAAGCGCGCGGCAUCCUCGACCAAGGCGAGCGCGGCCAAGCCGCCCAAGGUGCAGCUGCCCUCGCCCGCACCCGAGCCCGAGCACGUCAUCGCCGACUCGGAGGAGGGCGAGGACACGACGCAAGCGGCGGUCGAGCGCGCUGUGCCGAACGACCCGCAGGACGAGCACGUCCCGGCCGCCCUCUCGCCGCCGCCUCGCGAGCGCGCGCAGCGCAUCGCUGUGCUCCCCCUCCCGUCCAGUUCCGCUCCUGUCACCGACACGCCGUCCAAGGCGCGGCCUACGGCGGCGCCGAGGACCGUCACGCCGCUCAAGAAGCGCACUCGCCGGGCGGCCGCCGAGUCGGAUGCCGACGAGGACGUCUUUGGCCCUGUCGCGUCCACCUCGACGCCGACCAAGAGCGCCGCCCGCACGCCGGCGACGACGCCACGCCGCUCGCCGUCCAAGACGGUGACGCCCUCGCGCUCGUCGUCGCGCAUCCAGCGCCUGCCCGCCUCGGUCGCCGAGAUCGCCAACGCGCCGGCCAACCUGCGCAGCCGGCUCGUCGGCUUCCACAUGGAGGACGAUGGGUACGGCGCCGAGGUGCUGCGCUCCCAGGCGGACGAGCGCGACAGCGACGAGGAGGAGGACGAGGACGAGGAGGCGGCGGAGCGUGCGGUCGAGGAGGACGAGGUCGAGGCGGCGCGGCGGCGCGCCGAGAAGGGCAAGGGGAGGGCGCUCAUGAUGGAGGAGGACGAGCUCGAGAACCACGACAUGCUCGGCGCGGGCGAGCAGGACGACGACGACCUCACCCUGCCCGAGCCGCCGAGUCACUUCCACCAGGCCGCACAGGCCACGCCUUCUUUCCUCCCGGCCAACGACUCGUCCUACGUCUCCUCUCCCCUCGCCACCCACCUCGCCUCGACGCUCGCCCUCCUCACCGGCGCACGCCUCCCCCGCCCGUUCCUCGCGCCCGACGCCGUGUCCACGCUCCCGCCGCGCGACAUCGGCCUCCUCGGCCUGCCGUACCUCGAGGGCGGCUUCGACGAGUGGGAGCGUCCGCUGCGCAGCGCGCUCGACGAGUGCGUCACCAAGGGCAUGGGCAACGCCGUCAUGCUCCUCGGGCCUCGCGGCGUCGGCAAGACGAUGCUCGUCGAGCGCACGCUCGCCCUUCUGUCGCACGUCCACGGCGCAGACUCGUUCGUCACGGUGCGCCUGUCGGGCCUCGUGCACACGACCGACCGCCUCGCGCUGCGCAGCAUCGCCGUACAGCUGCAGGAGCAGGGCUUCGGCACGGCGGGCCUCUUUGCCGACGAGGGCGACUAUUCGAGCAACUCGGCGACCAUGUCGACCCUCCUUCGCCUGUUUGAGCCGUCUUCGGCCUCCACCGCGUCGUCGACCGGCGCCAAGGCGAGCAGCAGCAGCAGCAGCAGCAAGCCGCUCGUCCUCAUCGUCGACGAGUUCGACCUGUUCGCGGCCCACCCUCGCCAGAGCUUCCUCUACUGCCUCCUCGACAUCGUCCAGGGCAACCGCCGCAGCGGCGGGUUCGCCGUCGUCGGCGUCUCGGCUCGCGUCGACUGCCUGUCGCUCCUCGAGAAGCGCGUCCGCUCGCGGUGCCAGAGCCACGUGCUCCAGGUCGUGCCGCGCUCGAGCUUCGAGGCCCUGUGCGCCAUGGCGGCGAGGAUGCUCAAGGCGGACGUGCGCGCGUGGGAGCUCGUGCGCGGCGAGGAGGGAGCGGCAUGGGCUCGAGGCUGGAACGGCGAGGUCGAGCGCUUCCUCAAGGAGAAGAAGGUCGUCGAGUACCUGAACCGCCUGUGGUCGAUCCACGGCAACGUGCCGACCGAGCUCCGCUCCGCUCUUUCGCACCUCUGCUACCGCCUCGACUCGCACUCGCGCCUGUACGGCGUCGGCCAGAGCGUUCCUCGACUCUCGUUCGACAUGCUCAAGCCGCCUCCUCGCACCAACGAGAAGGCUCGCGACGACGUUCUCAAGCACCUCUCGAUCCCUCAGCUCACGGCGCUCAUCUCGGCCAAGCACCUCAGCACCUCGACGCUAGACCGCCAAGCCGGCUUCAACUUUGAGAUGGUGUACGACGGCUACCUGUCGCACGUCCGGCGCGUCGCCGCCUCGACCGCGACCGGCAGCGGCGGCGGCAACCUGCGCGCCCUGUCCAAGCCCGCCCUGCGCGAGGCGUUCGACGCCCUGCGCGCGCGCGAGCUCGUCCUGCCGCGCGCGUCGAGCGGGAGCGGCGGUGGCGCCUUGACGGCCGGGACGGGCCUGCCGGUGAGCGUCCCGGGCGUCGCGUACCGCGCGCCGACGCAGAGGGACCCGUGGAGGAUGUACCGCCUCACGACGUGGGCCAAGGACGUCGAUCGCGAGGUCGAGGCGAGGGGCGCAGAGUGCCCGUUGGCGCUCAGGCGGUGGUGCAAGAACUGGCUCGACUGAGCGGCGAGGAGAAGGAGGGGGACGGGCUCGAGCGGGUGGUGGUCCUCCUUGGACACUUUCUUGUAGACUCGCAUGGUUAUCGAUGACUCUUGAUCUCGA